ACUCACCACCCACACCUCGGAAUUACUCACUUUACCUCAUUUAGCGGGGCUCUAGCCCUCGUGGCGAGUCCAGUCCUCAAUAUCCUGAUCCCGAUCCUGAUCCUGAUCUCUCGGCUCGGCUUUUCUCUCUCUCUCUCAGCACUAGCACUCUGGCUUGCACCGGCGUUCUACAACAAACAGUUACACUUUAGGCAUGGAAAUUGCCUUACAGGAUCAGAGUAAAGGAAUACUUUACGAAGGGUAUACCAAAGCGUUUCGAGAGUGCAUCUUCGAAGAGGGAGAUGUUGUCGGCAAGAAUGAACGCUACGAAUUCCGAUGUGACUAUGAUCUCGAGUGUUGUGGGCGAACAUGCUGUAUUCCCGAGGAUGCAACUAUUCCGCUAUGGCUAAUGAUAAUUUUCAUCAUAUUGGCCGCUGUAUUGCUACUUGCUAUCCUUGGUACACUGCUCUGGCUGCUUGCCAAACGAAGGAAACAAAAACCGAAAAAAGCAGGCUAUAUGGGGGACGAGUCGGCAUCGAAGGGAGGCUACACCGCUCUGCACUCGCAACGUUAUAAUGGCACAGGACGAGAUUCCGACGAUCGGGGAGUACUCGUCCACGAGCAGGAAACCUACAGUACACCAGACCACCUAUACGGUGGUUACGGUAGUCGAUAUAGUCACAGCGAUAGCCACCGUGGUUAUCCGUCACGACGCGAUGUUGGCGGGUAUGGUAAUGGAAUGUACGAUGGAGGUGGCGUUGGUAGGGAUGGAAAUGGUGGCGGAGUGACGCGAGAGAUCGCGAUUCGCGAUGCUCGUCGCGAUUUUUCGCGGCCCUACGAUCGAGAACGAGUACGGGACGUCGGCGGCUCGCGGGUCACUGUCUCCAGCGACGGUGGCUCCAUGGUCCGACAUGGAGUGCACGAGACAGUUGAGGAGAGCUUCAAGCAGGAGAUCACGUACGAAAGGCCGGCAUCAACCGACUCUCGAGAAAUGUUAUAAUCCGUGUUUCUUUCAUUUAUUAACAGCUGCUAGAUUACUUGAUUCGUUCCAAAAAGUACUUAUAUACAUCAUUCCUUCUUCAAGAAUGUUUCUGCAUUUUCUCAAUUUACUUGUAAAUAACCUUCCAAUCCAACUCUUACGCCAAUUCUGUGCGAUUUCCGCUUGUCAGAAAUUUGUGUCUCUCAGACACCUUGAUUUGCUUAUUGCCUUGGCAAAACUUGAUUUUCG